AUCUACAAAGAAGAAGGGUGGCCACCUAAGGAUAAGCGGGCAUUGACGAUGCUGGGGAUCACAAAGUCAUUCUUCAGCCGCAAAAGCCACCACCAACGCCGCCGCGGCUGCCGCAGUACAUUGUUGUUUCCCAUUAGAGCACUGCAGCAGAAGAUCAAAGAACUGGUCAUGGAAUCCCCCGCUCAUAAUUUCGGUGGUGUUUGCUACAAAGUCCUGUAUUAUGGAGCUGAAAACUUGAGGACGAUACAACAGGUGCUGGAAAUGAAGAUGAUUGAACAACUGGGAAGGGACAUAGAUUUGAAGCCUAAACCCCAAAACUUCGUUGGAGACUUAUUGGAAUUUCAGCAAGAUCAGGUGGUUGAUUCUGGGAGAUUUGGAGUGGGAGGUUUUCUCAAAGGCUGAUAAUUACAUCCACGACUUCUUGGAGGUGCAGGGGAAGAGCAGGGUGGUGAGCAGAAGCAUUGAUAGAAGAUAUUGCAGGUGGGAGAAGCUUCCAAUGGGAGUAUACAAGUUGAAUACUGAUGCUAGGUUGAAUAGUAGAAGGGAGGCUGCUAUGGGCUGUGUAGUGAGAGAUUGGGAUGGACGAGUGACCUUUUAUGCAAACAAGUGUGAGAAGAUCAAGUGGCCGACUAUAGUGGCAGAGGGAAAGGCUAUUCUCUUUGGUUUGCAAAAGAUGCUGGAGAGGGGAUUAGGCCCUGUGAUCGUGG